AUGUGUAACAGAACAAAUAAUAAUGAUAAACAAGAUCUUAGUCUUAAUUAUGCUUAUCCUAUAAUAAAUAACGAUCAACAGAUGAACAGUGUUAUAAUAAAAAAUGUUAAUAGUCCUCGUGAAAAAAUUGACAAAACUUCAUUGAUAGAAGAUGGAUUAUAUACUUCAAGUAAUCCAUUUACACGUAAUGUAACGAAACCAUAUUUACUUAAUAAUAUAAGUAUGUUAGAUCAUGAAACAACACCAAAAUUAUCCGGAAAAUUAAUAGAAAUUGUAAUACGUAGCGUAGACAUUUAUUCUAAAAAUGAUCAUAGCGAACCAAGCAUUGAAAUCACUUCUGUUUCACUUUUAUUUAAAAAGAAAGUUAUAUGUAAGACUAAUAAACCGUUUAAUAGAAAAUUACAUAAAUUAUUAUUAAGAAAUUCAGAAUGUAAUAAUCUUUCGAUAGAAGUUAAUUCUAAAGAUGGUCAAUCAACUAUUUUACCAUUACCAUUGCCAAAACAUUCGGUUAAAAAUAAUAAUAUUGAGAUUGAAUUUGGUAUAGCUGAUAAUUCAGGAAAAAUUCAUUCAGGUACUGUAACAUGUACCGUAUCUUUAAUUUUACAUUGUCCAAAUCAAGAAGAAACUACUACUACAACAUAUUUGCAUAGAUUAAGCAAUGAUCCGAAUGAUCCACAAAAUGCACUUUCUUUACAUAGACCAAGAAAAAAUAUAUCCAAUAAAGAAAUCAAAUAUUUUUUAUUGGAAGAUCCUGCAUUGCGUUUUGAAAAUAUGGAUGAUAAUCUUGUUAUUAAAAAAAAGGAUGAACAAAUAAUGAAACCUCCAGAUGUAGCUGUGAUAGAACAACCCAUUCUUUCUCUCUUGGAUCUAUCUUUUAGAAAUUUAUUACAAGCAAGGCGUCCAUUAAGACCAUCCUCCAAUACGCAUCGACAUCACACAAUUGGUAAAGCUCUUCUUUCCAUUACAAUUUUACGUGGAGUUGAAAUACCAAUUAGAGAAGAAUCAGCAUUGGUUCAACCAUUGUUAGAAGUAGAAUGGGGUGGUAUUAUUCAUACUACCCCAAUCUCAGAUGGUCCAGCACCGAUAUGGCAUCAAACUAUGCACUUUGAGUUACCAAGAAAGAAUAGGGAUUACAAUGUAAAGUUACGUUUGUACGAUCAGCAUCCAGUAUGGGGUCAACAGUGGUUAGGUGAAGCAAGAAUACCUCUUGAACAUCAUAGAAAUUAUCAAGAAUUGGAACGUUGGGUAGCCUUGUCACCUUUGUGUAGUCCCAAAAUGUUAUUUGGUUAUGUACAAGCCAGUCCUGGUCAUUCUCAUACAAGAAUUUAUACUCUGAUGAAAUUAGAAUUACCUGGUAAUGCUAAAUUGAUGGAGGAUAGUACGAUUAAUACUCUGUUAAAAAAUAUUCAACGUUGUCUUUUAUCUCCAUAUAAAAUAACGGAUAUACAAAGUUCAGAAGAAGCGGCUAGAUUAGCAAUGUUAUUACCGGAAGUGCCCAAUCAUUAUGGACCUUUAACGCCUCGUCAAGCUUUAAAUGCAAAUAAGGUUGAUCAUUAUGGUCGUGCUGUCUUACUUGCAUCUUUACUUGAAAGUUUUGGCUCGCAGACAUACGUACUAUUAGGUUCUUCUCAGACAAGUAAAUAUGCGGCAUUUGUCUUAAGCAUAGAAGAAAAUACAGACACUGUUAUUUGGGAUCCUGAAACUAGUGAUCAUUAUAAACCAGGUGACAGUCGUUGUCCACUAAUUAAAGUUUCCCAUUUGAUUAAUCAUUCUGGUAUAUGGGAGAAUUUACAAAAGUCUAUAUUAGCGAAUAAUUUAAAAUACGAUGUGAAAAGUAGCAAGGAUUGGCGUCCAAUAGGAAUCAUUGCACUUUCUACUAAUGAACGUAUCGUUCAAGUUCUUGAAUUGAACGUACAUCAUCAUCAAGAAGAAGAAGAAGAAGAAGAUUCUCUUCGUGAUUCGUCUAUGCAAAUGGAACAACAAUUACGUGAUAAAUUUUCCCAUUGGCGUAGUUCAGCCGAAUUAACAACCAUUUACAAUCGCCAUGCUAUCGCAGUCCUACGAAAUUACAUUUCAAAGAUUGAAGAUGAUGAUGAUAAUAAUACGUCUAGGCAACCGGAUAAAAAAGAUUUGAAACAAUUGUACAGAGCUUAUUACAUGCAUGGUUUCAUAUUGAACUUGAGACAAUCAAAUUUGGAUGAUUUAACGGAACGUUUAGCUUCUACUAAAACGCAUCAUGUUACUGGUCCUGUAGAAUUUGCCAUAGCUUAUCAUAUUAAACGUUACAUUGGUAAAACUAAUUCGAUUUGGUUAGCAGUCGCAGUUCUUAGAAGUCGUCAAUGAGAUUUCUUUUCAAUUCUUUUUUUUGUUUUUUGUUUUUCUUUUUAUAAUUGGAAAUAUGUAUAAAAAAGUUGACAACUUUGUACUUAAUAUUUUGUAAAGUCUUUUUUAUGGCAAUGCAUCAAUUUAUCAUUUAGAAUGAUUUUAGGAUUUUGAAAGUCAUUGUAUCAAAAAGAAUGAUAUAAUUACUUAGCAAUUGUGCAGUAAAAUAUUGAAGAAAAGUUUAUGAGGAUUGAUGAGACAAAAAAAGAGGAUACAUAACCUCU